GUCAGCUUGCCUGCUACCCAGAACGCCUACGUCUUGGGUCCGACCGGCUACUACGACUGUCUUGCAGCAUCCAGCAUGAGCCGCCCAUCCGUCCUGCGUAGCGCAGCGGCCGUAGCUCGGGUUGGGCGCCUUCCAAGACUUCCAUCUCACGCAUGCUACCACAGCGUGCCUUCAAGACCUUACACCACCCCAUCCGCCUCCUCGCAUGUACCUCCCGUCAACGUAACUUCAACAUCGCCGCCCGAGCCCUCCUUCCCUCUAUCCCCCAUCCCCGAAAACCCGCUUGGGGACGGCCGUUGCAUACGUGAGGCUGCCGCUCUAGUCAUUGGAGACGAGAUUCUAAACGGCAAGACGCUGGACAGAAACUCGAAUUACUUGGCAAGAUACUGCUUCGCAAAUGGCGUGAACCUGAAGCGCAUAGAGGUCAUCCCUGACGAUGAGGACGAGAUCAUCGAAGCCAGCCGCCGCCUUACCAGCAAAUACGAUUUCGUAGUUACGAGCGGUGGGAUAGGCCCUACGCACGAUGACAUCACCUACGCCUCCCUCGCCAAAGCCUUCGGGCAGACCCUCCAGCACCACCCAGAAACGAUGCGGCGCAUGGACGCCAUUAACGCCUUUCGGAAGACCAAUUUGCACACUAGCCCUGAGCAGCGCGAGGCGUACCUGCGGAUGGCGCUCUUCCCGAGCGAGGCGGAGGUUAUAUUCGUGCGGCCGGAGAUAUGGGUGCCCGUCGUGCGCCUGGCGGGCCGUUUAUACGUCCUUCCAGGCAUCCCCGCACUCUUCCAAAAGAUGCUGGAUGCGCUGACACCCUUCCUGCCGCUGCCCGAGGCGACAGAACGCCUGAAGAGGAUGCAGAUAUUUACGGACCGCCGCGAAUCCUCCAUCGCGCCCUACCUCACCGAGCUGCAAGCCCGCCUCCGCCCACGCGGGAUCUCCGUCGGCUCGUACCCCGUCGUCGGCAAGGGCGUGUUCAUCAGUUUGAUUGGACGGGAUGCGUCGGGUGCUGCGUCCGCGACUGGUUCCUGCCUCAAAUCCAGCACACCUCCGCCGGCACCGUUGACGGGUCUGGGCGCGGUCAGCCAGUCCGAUGAAGGGCUGGCUGAUGGUAGAGGAGGUGGUGGUGGAGGAGGUGGGAAGACGACGACGACGGAUACCCUCUCGCUCGCACAGAUCGCCGAAGAGGUCGAGCAAGCCGUCGGCGGGCGGAUUAUUGGGGAGGAAGAGGUGGAGAGUGUGAAGCAGGACAUCCUCAAUGGUCAUGACUGCUUGGCCGAUCGACCGGCGUGGCGGAGGGUGACGGCGUUCGAAAAGACGUCGAAUGGUAGCGAAUGAGAGCUCGGCGAAGAUCCUUGCAGUCCUAUUCGAAGGUGAAGGACCCACCGAAAAGCGUCGAUGAUUACGAGGUUGUUGUGGGAACGUCUCGCUGCUUGCCGUGGCUGCUAUAUUGCUUGGCGCAGUACCUGUCGUCUUGCUGCAUUUUUGGGGCCGUGCAUUCUUUGUGCGAAUGUUCAACGAGUGUAUUUGUAUCCGGAGCCCACUGCUCAUGUUGCCGUGUAUGUACGUAUAAUGUACUUGUAGCCGUUAUAUCGACAUCCUAUAUUGACUGGCA